GGUCUCUUUGCAGCACAGUGGGAGAAGGUGUCCAAACAAAUUGCAGCAGGGCAACAGCGUGUAUUUACUAUCACCUUGGGAAAUAAUACGAUUUUUUUUUGUUUAGCAGACUAAUUAUAAAGCAUUUUUGAUCAUUACAUGGAGUUAAUAUGCUGCUUGUUGACUGACAGAACAGGAAGCAAAGCGGCGCCUAAGUAGCCUAAAGGUGGACAUGGUCUCGUGGGUUGCCAGACAAGCUGACAUAAUUCAUUUUUUUUCUGUUGUGUGUGGAAAUUACCAUUCUAUUACACGCUGCUGCUUUUAUCUAAAUGCUUUUACGCUUGUUUUCCGGGAAAUACAAGACCAUUCAUCUCGCUCAUAGAUAACCAGAGAAUGUGGUAGGUUACUUAUUUCCCCAUAAAGACUCAAAACAACUGUUUUUAAACAAAAUGAGCAAAACGUACGAAUCAGCGAACGUGUCGGAGGUGGAGGAACACAUUUCUCUGAAGUAUGAAAUCAAGAAAAGACUUGGAAAAGGGGCUUACGGCAUUGUAUGGAAGGCAGUUGACAGACAGACGGGUGAAAUUGUUGCUGUAAAGAAGAUUUUUGACGCCUUCAGGAACAGAACAGAUGCUCAGCGGACAUUCAGAGAAAUCAUGUUCCUCCAGGAGUUUGGAGAUCAUCCUAACAUCGUCAAACUUCUUAAUGUCGUCCGGGCACAAAAUGAUAAAGACAUUUACCUCGUCUUUGAAUACAUGGAUACUGACCUGCAUGCAGUGAUAAAGAAAGGAAGCCUACUGAAGGACAUCCACAAACGUUAUGUGAUGUAUCAGCUCCUCAAAGCAAUCAAAUACCUGCAUUCAGGAAAUGUCAUCCAUAGGGACCAAAAGCCUUCCAAUGUGCUGCUCGACACUGAUUGUGUAGUCAAGAUGUGUGAUUUCGGAUUGGCCAGAUCACUCAACCAGAUCCAAGAGGACAGUGGGAAUCCAGCACUGACGGAGUAUGUGGCGACACGAUGGUACAGAGCCCCUGAGAUCCUGUUAGGAUCUGCAAGGUACACUAAAGGUGUGGACAUGUGGAGCCUCGGCUGUAUCCUUGGAGAGAUGCUGCUGGGAAAAGCACUGUUUCCUGGGACAUCCACUAUCAACCAAAUAGAAAAGAUCAUGAGUGCCAUACCACACCCCAGCCCAGAAGAUGUUUUAGCAAUCAAGUCUGAAUAUGGAUCCUCUGUCAUUCAGAGAAUGCUACUGAAACCACAGGUGCCUUUGGAGGAUCUUCUCCAGCCAUCUGUGCCUGCUGAUGCUCUUGAUCUGUUGAAAGGUUUGCUGGUUUUCAACCCAGACAAGCGGCUGACUGCUGAGCAAGCCCUCCAACACCCAUAUGUAGCCAGGUUUCACAGUCCAGCCAAGGAGCCAGCUCUUAACUAUGAUGUAGUGCUGCCUUUGGAUGAUGAUGUACAACUAUCGGUGGUUCAGUACCGCAACAAACUGUAUGAGAUGAUAUUGGAGAGAAGAACGAAUCAGGGCAUGCUGAUGGGUAGGAUGAUUCUGCCAAGGGAUGGAGGCUGUGUCAGGGGUGAGGAGAAAACCAGUGUGAAGGAUGAAACAGAGAGAGAUCCAGAAGAAGCAAAUGGCAAUGAAGAUUACGACAAAAAGACUGCUGAGAUGGACCUCCUGCCCUCACAAACAAGAAUCACUAAACCUGCGAAUGCAUCUCUCCAGCCUGCUGUGGAGAAGACAAGUCCUUUAACUAGUGGUGACUUGGGAAAACUCACAUAUAACCCCAUCACUCACGCACCCAAUGAGUUUGUUCGAAAUCCAGUUGGUCUACCUCAUUACUACCGCUCCUCUUCAGCCAGCAGGAGAACAGCUGGACUAAGCAAUAAUGGCAAUGCAACACCAUCACCAACAGAGGGCACCAAUCCUAACAUAUCUAUGGACCAGAUUCUCCAGCGUGGUCGCUCAGCUCCUGUGACCCACAACCGUUCCUUCUCCUUGACCUUAAACCAAACCCAGAACAACCCGCUGGUUCGCAAGGAUGACACAUCCCUGUCCUCUGGGCUUUCUGUCACAUCGGCUCGCCUGAACCAGCGUUCAAACACCCGUGAGAGUCAGCCGCCGCCACGGUUCAGCCGGAAAGUAUUUCAGAGUAACUGUAAUGUUGCAGCUGCAGGUGACCCUCGUGCCAAACUGGGCAGCUAUUCUCAGGCCUACGGUACCAUCAAUAAGACUGAACUGGAUAAUCUGCUUCGAAGACGUCCUUACAACCAGUAACUGUUGUCAAGUCAGGGGGUAACAUAAGAGCUGGGUGGCAUGUGUGUGUUUUGAACACCUGGUAGGAGGAUGUUACAUGUGUGGUAGACGUUGUAUACUGUGUAGAUGAAAUGCCUUGCCUGUGACAUAAUUGUACAAAUUUAUAUUAUCAAAUUGUACCAGCAACUCGUAAAAAAAUGUACUUUCAAAUUUGAAAAUGUAGCUUAUGAUCUAGAGGCUAAAUGUUUUAUAAACUUAAAGCAGUUCUCAGAAUAAUUGUAAAAUAUGCAAAUAUUUGUUUGAAUUGAUUGUAUGCAACAAUUAAGUGCUUUACAUGUAAAUGUAGCAGCAAUGCACCUUUUUGUGUCUUUUGUGUACAGAAAGAAAACAGAUGAGUGUUUCUUGAACCCAGUUUGUUUAUUGUUUAAUAGACAGUGAUGACAGUAGCAGUAAAUAACCACAAAGUUUUUAAAAUAAACAUUGUUUAAAAUGCUCAAAUCCUUAA